CUCUUUUUCUUUUAUUUUUGGCCUAACUCUGGCUUUGAGAGUAACGAUGGCUGCUGCAGAAGAAUUAAACGAUGUUGGAAGAACAAUAGAGGAAGAGCCUGUGAGUGAAAAAAGAGAAAGAGGAGACGAAGCUGAAACAUUGCCUCCAUGGGAGCAACACUCCAGCAUCAUAAGCAUCCCUCGAUUCGACUACAAAGCUCCCUCUUCUCUGCUUCAUCAUUCUCAUUCCGGCUUCCUCGUCACCUGCACCAUCAAAAGGGAGAAAAGUGCUACAAAAGAGGUCAUGUCCAUCCUUGCAAAGUUUAUUGGGUCCAUGCAUGAGGAGAAACCUCAAGUUCUAAGAUCUACUGCAUCAAAAAAACAAAAACUUUCUGAACAAGAGAUAGAGGUUGGCGAAGAGAAGACCGUACCUCCUGAGGAUGAUGCCCUGCAGGAAACAGGUGGAGAUCCAAAUGUUGAGGAUCUCAAAUUAGCAAAUGAAGAACACAAUUCUCUCAUGUCAUUGGUUAAGCUGACAAAGAGUGGCUUGCUUCUCUUUACGUUCCCUAUUGAAAACUCUCCCGAUACAACAAAUAUCGUAUCACGAGUCUUCCAGUCUAUGGAAUCUGGAGCUCUGAAGGCACCAAUCUGGUGCCAUCGGAUAUUCCCAGUUCAAGCUACUUGUGGUUUGACAGAGAAAGAACUUCGGGAAACAGUAUCAAAGCUUGUUCAGAGGUUUGUCGAUAAUAAAGACAACACACUAUCAAAACCCGUGAAGUUUGCAGCUGGGUAUCAGCGUAGAGGUGUGGAGGAGACGAAAGGAAAGAUUCAGAAAGAAGCUUCAGAGGUUCUAGAUCAAUGUCCUUUGCUGGACCGCAUCAAAUGCUUUGAAACUGUAGCGGCUGGAGUGAAAGACAUUGUACCAGAUUCAGUUGUGGAUCUAAAAUCUCCAGAGUUAUGCGUUCUGGUGGAACUGUUACCGCUCUCUAGAAUACCAAGUGGCUCCUUUGUAGCUGCUGUUUCAGUGCUUCCACAUAGACUCGUUAGCACAAAACCGAAACUCUGCAUUAAGCCUCUAGUCCCUGAAAGCAAACACAAAAAGGGACAAAACUGACGAGCACAAAGGUGUAUCGUUGCAUUCGAAUUUCCAGAGCCAAAGAGAUCAAUAGAAGUAGUAAUCUCUCUGUUUUUGUUUAGAUACAGUAUGUCUUUUGCUUUCAGUAUCUCUAAUGGAGUUAUCAACAAUGUGUAACCAAUGUUUUUUUUAUUCAAGAGACCAAAGAUAAACUCA